GGCAGCGCGCGCCCCGCGCUGAGCCGCGGCCCGGGACCGCGCGCGGGGAGCUGUCCGAGGUUCUGACCGUCCCGCCCGCGCCCGGCGCGCCCGUCUGCUCCCGGCCCCGCGGUUCCCCGGUUCCCGGCCUGCUCCCGUCCUCUGACUGCCCACCUCUCUAAACUCAGGGGUGUAGCGGCUGAAGGAAGUCAUGGUGUUCGCUCCAGGUGACAAGCCCCGGAACGAGCUGGAGGAGGUGAAACUGCAGAAUGCCAGCAAGCAGAUUGUUCAGAAUGCCAUCCUACAAGCUGUGCGGCAAGUCUCCCAGGAGAGCCUUCGGAGGGAAGGCAGAUCCGGUGACUGCAGGGCCCGGGGCGAGCUGGGAGUGCGAGAGCUGACCAAGAAACAUGAAAAGAAGUAACGGGUGCUGCUGGCUCUGGUUCUUGUCAUAUGCUUGGUUUCUGCCUUUCCUGUUAGUAUAGGACGUGUUGCCAAAAUGUUGCCAAAAAGCAAAGCAACGUGUCAUGGAUGCCUGUCAGUAGGAUGAGUUCAUGCUAGCCUUUCCGACAAGCUGCGGUUUGCAAAGCUGCGUUAGGGACUCUUCAUGUCUUUGUCACACCUCUGGAAGCAGCUGAGCCAAACAUGGCACUCAUGAAAGUAUGAAAGUCAUUUUGUAACAAAUCUGUUUUCCAAAUUCUUAAAAAAAAAAGAAUUCUACAUCUUGUUUAUGUAUACAUUCUAUCUAUGUAUAAUUCAACCGGCCGCCUUUAUUCCCCUUGGAGUUACUGAGUGCAGUUCUGUUCUUCAUAAGCAUUAAAAGACACACUAGCGAGAUGACGGGAUAGAGUUUUAGCCCUGUUUAAAUACAGGCUUGCAGGGCAUUAUGAUUAAAGUAUAGGUUCAAGGUGAAAUUGAGCAGAGCAGGUUUUGAGCCCAGCCCUGUGCUACAGCUUAUGUUUAUAGAACUCCAAGGGAGAGAGGGAGAGAGGGAGAGAGGGAGAGAGAGGUGUUUAUGCUGUGUGAGAGCUCAGUCUUUUUAAUCUUUGUUCUCUGAGUUGUUUGCAGUUGGUGUUUACCUUCCGUGCAGAGAUCUGGUGGGGCCAGUACAGAAAUCCUUUCUUAGCUGGAGAUUAAAUGAGAUGACUGAGUCUGUACGCUUGACUUGCUGAUGAUUCAGUUCUUUGGCAGCCAUCUUGGGCAGCCGUUUUGGGCAGCCAUCUUGGGCAGCCAUACUCUGUGCAUAUACUCUUAGCCCCAAAGCUGUUUCUCAUGCUGGAUUUACCUACCCCUGAGGGUGGAGAGAACAGCAUCAUUGGCAGGGAAUCUGGACCUUGUGACCACUGCUUCAUCACCUAGCCCUGCAUUUUCACUGGCCCCUUACUGAUAGGGAUUUUCCUUCUUCCAUGAGAGAAAUGAGCAUGACCAUUAUAAAAACAAUAAGGUUAUGGCUAAGGACCACGAACACAUGGGAAACUGUUUUGUUUUUAAUUCUCUGAGGCAUGUAAGCAGAAGUAAGAGUGAAGUGACUGCAGGCUGAUGGCAUUUGGAGAGAUGUAUGUGCAUGUGUAUCAACAUAGCCAUCUCCAUUCAACCCCAAAACUUCCUCCUGCUCCUGAGUGGACAAUAGAUGUCUCUCUGGAGAUAUCCUUUAGAGUCUGUUUACCAUGCUUCACAAAGGCCACUAGGUUUGGUGCUCCUUGGGACAGCAGAAGAAUUUAGCCUUGGAUACAAACUUCUGGUCUACAGAGUAUCAGUGUCUACACUGACAUGUAUUCUAAGUGCAAAGUAUUGCUACCAUACAAAAUGUGGUUAGUGUUCAGACACCUCCAGGAUUCCAAUAUUCCAUGCUAUGUGUGACAUGGGAUACUACAGAUAACGUUAGAUGGGUAAAACUAUUCUUUUUUUUUUUUUACUAUAUUAGACUAUAUUUGAUGAUGCAUAGGUGGAACAAAUUAAUCUAGAGAGAGAAUUCAUGAGGGGAAAGGGGUGCUUAUUUACCAAUCUUUUAAAACCAGAACUCAUGGCAGUUAGGGGAUGAACCUAAAAUCAUAGGGCUGACACAGUUGAGUAGCCUGGGCAGUGAGUGAAAAUCAGCGCACUUGCAGAAAGUAUUCAGAAGUGCCCACAAUUGAAAAACAAACCCAGCGCUUGUAGUUUGCAGGUGACCUGCCACUGUGUCUCUGUGGAGACAUCUAUUUAUAACCAACCUUGUUUCUCUGUCAAAUGGCAGAAACAUGAAUAUGUUAUCUUUCUUCUCUGGUGUGUAUAUAUUAAUAAGCUGGGGGUCUGGGAAAUACUAUUAAUUUCUGUAUCUAAAUACUAUUUAUAAAUAAACUAUAUCCAGCUUUGAAAUAUGUAUCCAAUAUAAAGCAGUUUUUCUACA